AUGCCACAGCAACAGUUGGCCCCGACCGCCGUCUCCUACAACACUCUCCUGGGCGGCCUUGCUCAGGCAGGAAGGGAGGAGGAGAUCCGGCUGUGGAUGGAAAGGAUGCGAGCUGCCCGGUGCAUGCCGGGCAUUGUAACCUACAAUGCCAUCAUCCGUGGCUUCACCAAGCUCGGCAUGCUGCCGCAGGCUGAAGAGUGGCUUCGGCAACUGCAAGGCACCCGACUGAACCCGGACACGAGGACCUACAAUCAGCUGAUUCGUGGUUGUGCGCCGGACAUUCAGAGCGCCAGCGGGUGGUUUGAGGAGAUGCAGAUGCAGACACUGGAGCCGGAUGCGGUGCAAAAGGCUGCACAGACUGCCAUGGGGCGUUGCCGAAGCUUUUUUCCCUUAAUCUUGUUGCUACAAGCUUGUCCCUCUAGGGGCGAUGGUGCCAAGCCAUACCUGGAUGCAAGAUGGCUGCGGCAUGCCGCAAUGAGCUUCACGCACUUGUACGACAUGCCAGCGAGCUCUGAAGAUGUUCUAUUGUGGCGCAAGUCUUGCGAUGGGUCCGAUUGCGAAUACUACAGCGUGGGGAACGGCUACUGCUUGAUGAGGACUUCGGACCAUCAGGAGAUGCAGCGAUUGCAGCUGAUAGAGCAAGAAGAGGUUGCGAGGCUGGAGAAGAGUGGCAUCCGGCUAGACCCCAACUCGGACGCGGGACAUGCCCCUGAUCCACCUGUAUGGCUCAUCCCAUCCAACUGCCGAGUUCGGAGUUUGGGUCCGAUGCCACCUCAAAUAUGGCAAGACCGUCAAAACAGGACGCUUCCUUCCGAUGCUUGGCCGGUGGAAGUGCAGCUGUCUCACUGCCCGAAACGGGUGCCCGUGGCAAUCCUUACAAUACCUAAAUGUGGGACUACCUCAACCAUCAAUUGGGCCUUGCAAAUGGAAGGCGAGGAAGAUCUGGAUUCGCUGGUGCAGGGAGCCAGUCUGUUUUUGAAAUACAAGGGUCCUGGAGAGUUUUCCGACUCCUUCAUAAUUCCUGAGUUGCAGCGGGCAGCCGCUGCUGGAGCCAUCCCGACUGAAAAACUGGCGGGCUCAGCAUGGAGCUCGAACAUGAUGUACCGAGCCAUCCACCGCUACAAACCGGGUGGCGAAAAUUAUGAUAAAUCAGUGGCUGUUGAAAGGGAGUUCGUUCCUCCGGCACACCUUUGCCCGUUUUGCUGCUUGUAUGGACACGGCCGGCAACACGUUGUGAUGGGCAGGAAUCCAUUUGUCAGGAUGACGUCCUACUUUAAGUUCAGCUGGCUGAACAACAACGCGGUCUGGGGCCAGCAUAAAUGGACGAGAUGGGAAGGCUUCGGCGACUGGCUGUCGCUUGUGAUGGAAGCUCGCGAGUCCAUGCCUGGCGGUUUCGCCAACGGCCUCCAGUGGGCUCCGACCAUCAGACAGUCCUGCCGCCAGAGCUCUACUCUGAUACCUGGCACAGCUCUUCAUCCUUUUCAUUGCGAGACCAAAUAUUACUCGUUGUCAGCCGAAGACAUCUUCCACAUACGGCCCUUGAGUGACAUGGUGCACGACGAACGCUUCCUGGCCGGAUCUUCUUUCCUCGAGGAUGCAGUGGUCUUGCACCUGGAGACGCUACAGGCCGACAUUACCUUGCUCCGUGACACGCUUUGCAGGAGGUUCUCUUUCUGUACGGGGUUGCCGCCCUUUCCGCAAGUCUUGCCUGGCAAGAACCUACGGGACAGCAUGCGUGAAGGGGCCGUGAAAGAGCAUUGCAGCUUCACGGAGAAGACGCUGGAGUGGCGGAACUGCACGGCUCCCACAUGGACCGAGCUGUGGACAGAGUCCCUGAGACAGCAGAUGAUCCGGCACUACGGGGACGACUUCAAAUGGCUCGGGUAUUCCACAGACCCUGGCCAUUUGAUGCCAUUGAACGCCCAGGAGAAAAAGCUCAGAAGCAGCUCGUACUCUGUUGCUGGCUGCAUCGCUGCAGCUGCAGUUCCAUUUUCGACAGCUUUAGUCGCAGCGACCGGGGCCGGAUCGGAGCUGCACAUGGCAGCACAGCCCAAGCUGGCGCAUCGCUGGCUCCGUGCUAUGGAACGCAGAGGUCUUGAGCCGGGGGUGAUUGCGUGGUCGUCGCUGCUUGCGGCUUGCGCAAAGGGCGAGGCGCAUGGCGGUCGUGUUUGCAUCUCACGGCCUCAGGGUUUCGGGAAGUUUCGGGCUUGUGGUUCACGUCGGUGUGCGCUCCAGGCGAAAUUGGCUUUGCUUUGUGAGACUGUUUGUCAAGGAUGUGCACAUGGAUUCUGUCCGGCGGCAUUCCGCCACAGCGGCACCUUGCGAGGACAAAGAGUUGGGUGA